AUGUAUCGGCAACUCCCUAACAUUGGAUUACGCAGCUGUUCGGCUCGUCCGACACAACUCGGAUCGUCGCGCGCGAUUGGCACCGCGAUCCGCUCGAACCGUGUGAUGCCAAUCGGCAUCUCCGUUUGCGCUCGCUACGCCAGUCGCGCUUUGCACAUCCAUUCGCCGCUCAACCUCGGUUCUUCGGGCGUGACGAGCGCAGAAGCUGCCGCUAGAUCCGCACCAGCCUCGUCAUCCUCCGCUUCGGCCUCUGCGACCGCCGCGUCGAACAGCUACUCUGAUGGCGGUCCAGCUACGCCAGGCGUCACCACAGACGUAAAGUCUCGAUCCGUCUACAUCACCUGGGCCAGCGGUAUUACCAGCAAGUUCCACAACAUCUGGCUACGAGAUCACUGUCGAUGCCCGCAGUGCUACCACUCGACCACCAAACAGCGUCUGCUCAACACGUUCGAGAUCCCACCCGAUGCUCAGCCGAUUUCUGCCGAAGCUACCACGGAAGGUUUGGUGGUCCAGUGGGCGCUAUUGCCGUCCGAGCACGCUGCUACUACCUCUUCGUCGUCUUUGUCGGAUUCUGCAGAUCCAAAUGCUGCCGGUUCGGGCGCAGUGGGACAUCAUACUUCGCUGUAUCCAUGGCGUUGGCUGAUGCGCAACUCGUACUCGCCCGUGCUCUCGGAUCCUAUCACCGCUUCCAGUGACGAUUCUGGCGUCAAGCGCAUUGAAAAAGUUCUGUGGGGAAAGGGGAUUGGAUCCGCACCACCGACGGUCAAGUUCGACGAAGUCAUGCAAUCCGAACAAGGCGUGCUCAAGUGGGUCACCAAGAUCGCGCAGUACGGCUUCGCGUUCGUCACUGGCGUGCCACCGACUCCGACCGACACGGAAGCGCUCAUUCGUCGAAUUGCCUUCAUCCGCGAAACGCACUACGGCGGCUUUUGGGACUUCACCUCGGACCUGGCGCACGGUGAUACAGCCUAUACCGACCUCGCACUGCAAGCACACACCGAUACCACCUACUUUACCGACCCCGCUGGUCUGCAGAUGUUCCACCUGCUGAGCCACACUGCCAGCAAGUCGAGUGGCUCUUCCACCACCACCACCAACAGCAACAGCAGCAGCAGCGGCGGCGGCGCGAGUGCGGGUAGUAGCGCCUCCGCCUCGUCGUCGACGUCUUCCAGCUCAUCCACACGCGGUCCAAGCGGCGGUGAAUCGCUGCUCGUCGAUGGGUUCCUUGCAGCAGCUGUGCUGAAAGACGUGCAUCCAGACGCGUACGAGACGCUCUCGCGCGUGCGCAUCCGCACGCACUCUGCCGGAGAUGAAAACACCAUGAUCCGUCCUCUGUUCGAGGGCGGAUAUCCGAUCCUGCAACACGACGAUGCGACCGGCGAACUGGUUCUGGUGCGCUACAACAACGAUGACCGUUCCGUACUGCGCAUUGACGCCGACGAUGUCGAGCGCUUCUACGACGCGCUCCGCAAGUGGAACCAGAUCCUCACCAAUCCAGAAGGUGAGUACUGGGUCCAGCUCAAACCCGGAUCCGCACUCAUCUUCGACAACCACCGUGUUCUCCAUGGCCGAUCCGCCUUCGUCGGUAACCGAAGACUCUGUGGCGCCUACAUCAACCACGACGAUUACCGAAGCUCCCUCGCCGUCCUCCGCUCACAAUUCGCUGAAAAUCAUGCCCCCAGAGGCGUCUGGGACGACGGCCUCUAA